AUGUCAUAUAAUAAAUAUAAAUCAGUGGUGUUUCUAACGUUACAAUCAUCAUCAAAUCUAUCAACAUUAUUUAUGUUUUUACCUGUACACAUUUCUGUAUCGAAUUCAUCUAAUCUAUCAAAUAAACAAUUGAAUCAAAUUUAUUUUCAAACGCUUUAUCCUAAAGAUAAGACGAAGACAACGUGGAACCACAACGGUGGAAUGAGACGACAACAAGCCAUUGGUUUAUGCAUUAAUUUUAAUUAUGAUCCAGAUUCAAAUGGCAUAACAUUAACAUCUAUAUUGAAAUAUUAUUUAUUAAUUCAUGAAUAUUUAGUGAUUAUUACACCAUCACCAUUUCAAAACUUAUCACAACAAAAUCAACAAAUAUUAAAUCAAUCAAAUGUAAGUCAAACAACAAUUGCAAAAGAAGAAUCAAAUGGUCAUCUACUAUUAAAAAAAACUGAAACAACACCAGCCAUUGGUAAUCCCCGAUUAUUCCAUAUUGAAUGUACUGGUGUUACAAAGGGAUAUUAUCAACAUAAAUGUAUAUCUCUGUGUGCACAAUUUUAUCAACAACUACCAUCCAGUCGACUAAGAGGUAUUCUAUAUUUACCUGAUGAUGUAUUUUUUAAUUAUUCAUAUGUAUUUCGUCAUCCAUCCUAUUAUUCGUUAGAUGAAUUUUGGAUCCCUUACUCGCACAGUAUUUUAGAUUGUAUUUUGAAUCAAAAAGAGGCAUGGUGGUGGUGGACGCACGAUAAUUAUUGGGAACGAUACUGUGAGUUUUUUACUAAAAAUCUAACCGAUUCAUAUCGACAUAUAUUUGAAAUAUUGUACGGAAAGAAUAAAUUAUUAGCUAUUGUACCGUCAGAUAUUGUUUAUAUACCAUUUGCUGAUAAACAAUUACAAACAUUUAUUAAUGUAACACAACACAUAAUGACAUUAUUUUCAAAUAUAUUUUGUGAAAUAGCUCUUUCAAUUAUUGUUGAAUUAACAAUGGCUCUAUGUAAACAUUGGCCAUAUCAAAAUGAUCGAUAUCUAUUUAAUUCAACUGUUAAUUUAUUAAAUAAUCGAAUACGAUUAGAACAACUGGAUGUUAUACAUCUAAAUAAUCCAUAUAACCGUAGCCAAUAUCAAUAUAGGCCAUCAUUAUUAAGUUACGAAGGUUAUAUUUGGCCACCAAAUAGAGAUAAUGAACUCAAUUAUAGAACAGCCAUUUAUACAGGAAUAUCUCCAGAUACAGUUGAAAAGCAACUGUCAAAUCCUGUUGAAUUUUUGCAUCCAUUAAAAUUAUCGAAAUUAGAUAGCUGGUCAUACAGAUUGUGGACGGAAGCUAUGGAUGUACAAUUAAAAAAACUUCAAAAUUAUAUUGAGGACUUUGAUCGAACAAUGGAUCUAAACUAUUAA